GUGGUAUUUUCUCUACUAAAUGCUUGAACACGUGUGUUAUUUUAUGCCUUUAUAUUGCUGUAUUUCGUAUAUUUAACAUUUUAACUUAUUAUAUGCCCAUUGCCCACUAUGUUGUGAUAUGGGAUUGCUGUAUUUCGUAUAGCUAACAGUUUGUUUACAGGUAUAUGUUUCCCGUGACUAGCUGUUGUUGUGUAUUUCGUUUUGCAUAUGUCCUGAAAAAGAUAGCACGUAUGUAUGGAAAGUAGACGAGUACUCUUCUUUACUGCAAGUUUUGUAAAAAGAUUAAUUUCUUCAAACCUUUUUACAUUAUCAGCCAAACGUACUGUGUAUCCUUUAGUUCACAGACUCGGUGCAAAUUUAAAUACGAAAGUGCAAAUACAUGAAAUACCUUCUAAGUUAGAAAGGUUACAUGUUGGCAUGGGGGAUGUGCCACAACUGUCAGAAAAUGCAACCAAACCUGUGAUAAUUAAACUACAGAGUCCACUGUUUACAAAUUUGUUUACUGACGAGUUUCGAUUUGUGCAGCACCUUUUUGAGAAAGAAAAUCAUGAGCUUCGCUUUUGUGGGGGUGCAGUUCGGGACCUUUUGUUGGGUAAAGCACCACAUGACCUUGAUUUAGCUACCACUGCCACCCCUACAGAAAUGAUUGAAAUGUUCAGGAAAAACGAUGUACGGCUUAUUUGUGAAAACGGCUGGUCCCAUGGUACAGUGACUUGCAGGGUUGAAGAACAAAAUUUUGAGAUCACGACUUUAAGAAUUGAUCGAGUGACUGAUGGCAGGCGUGCUUUGGUGGAAUACACCAAGGAUUGGUACCUAGAUGCCUCGAGAAGAGACUUGACUUGUAAUUCGUUGUUUCUGACUAUGAGUGGUAAUGUUAUUGAUUAUUUUAAUGGAAUUUCCGAUGUAAAAGACAAAAAAGUUCGUUUUGUUGGUGACCCAGCUUUAAGGAUACAGGAAGACUAUUUAAGGAUUCUUAGAUAUUUUAGAUUUUUCGGCCGUUUGAAAGAAGAACCUGCAAUACCAGAUGAAAGCACAUUACAAGAAAUCACUAAGUAUGGCAGUGGUCUCGGUGGGGUGGCUGGGGAGCGAAAAUGGGUUGAAUUUACCAUGAUACUCAAUGGGAGGCUCUUGGUAUUAAUUAUGAAGAUGAUGUACAGAUGCGGGAUAUUGAAACAGCUGGGUCUUCCGGAGCAAGUUGAUCUGGAGGAGUUUGAAAACGUCUACAACAGAUCGAAACACUUUUCUCCCAACCAUAUGACACUUUUGACUUCCAUUUUGAAAGAUAAAACUGAUUUAGAUCAUUUUAUGUCCGUGAUCAAAUGCUCUAGGUAUGAAUACAAUGUUGCAAAGUUUAUUAUUGAACACCGGGCCCUGUACAGACCUGAUAAAGACAUGAUAUCUGUGUAUGUAGAUUUACUAGUAGACAGCUACAAACAAGAUAAAAAUCUGGUCAACGUUUUCAUGGAGCUUAUGAAGUACAUUGGUCAAGCGGAUAUUAUGGAUUAUUUUACACAUUUUAAUAUACCCACUUUUCCUUUAAAAGGCGGCAUUUUAAAAGAAAGGUUUGGAAUGAAAGGAAAGCCCGUCGGAAUCGCAAUAAAUUUUGCUUUUCAGAAAUGGAAAGAAAGCAGAUACAAAUUAGAUUCUGAAGCUUUGCUACAACUUAUUGAAAACAAUAGAUCUGAUUUUGUCAAAAAAUAACAAAAAUAAAUUCAUGGAAACACUUUUUGUUUUUAAAGUUUACUAUAUAAGUUCUACUUUUUUUAUUUGGUUAGUUUUAAACAGUGCCAUGGUAAAACUAUUUAAACUAAAAAUUAAAAAAGUUUAUACUUCAUACAAAGUUUCAUGUAGUUUAUCAUUAAUAUCUACACUUUAAAAUGUCUUUUAG